GAAGUUUAGACACAGUGAGCGGAUCUUCACUGCUAACUGAAGAGAACAGCAACGAGCAGAGCCAUCACGAUGGCCUCACUCUUCCUGUCUUGUGUCAUCUUCUGUAUUAUUGGCUCAAUGACCUCCAUCCUUGCAUUACCACCAACGGAGCCACCACUGAUACAUGACCAUCCAUUUGUUGCUAUAUGGAAUGCUCCCACAAACCGAUGCCAACGACUUCAAAUCCCACUGGACACUGCCGCCUUCCAGGCAGUGACUACACCUGCAGCUGUGCCAGGUCAGUUUCUUACCAUCUUUUAUGAAGGCAAGCUGGGGCAUUACCCCAAAGUUGGCAUCGACAGGCAGAAAAUCUAUGAAGGUGGUGUCCCUCAAAAUGGCAACCUGCCAGAGCAUCUUGCCAAAGCCCAAAAUCAAAUAGAUCACUCCAUCUCACAAGAUUCGUCUCCUGGGCUUGCUGUCAUUGACUGGGAGUCCUGGCGACCCCUGUGGGACCAGAACUGGGGAUCAAAGCGUAUUUAUCAGAAGUUGUCCAUUAUUCAUGCUCUACAGAUGGCUCCAUUUCUGUCAUCAAAGCAAAUUUCUAAACUAGCAAAGGACCAAUUUCAGCUGAAUGGGCGACGCUUAAUGGAGAAGACGAUCAGCCUUGGCAUCAGAGAGCGUCCGAGCCGCCGCUGGGGGUUCUACCUGUUUCCUGACUGCUUUAACUAUGGAUGGGAUAAGCCAGACUACACAGGGAAGUGCUCCUUAAAGACCCAGAAGCAGAACAACGAGAUGCUGUGGCUAUGGGAACGAAGUACCGCCCUCUUUCCAUCUGUUUACCUCCACCUGAGCCUGAGGAACUCACCCCGCGCUGCACUCUUUGUUCGCAAUCGUGUCCAGGAGGCUCUGAGGGUGGCAGCACUGCCGAAGCGUCCCUAUACAGUUCCGAUCUUUGUCUAUACCAGGGUGCUGUACCGGGAUCAAACUGAAAUGUUUGAGAGCCAGGCUGAUCUUAUCAGCACAGUUGGAGAGUCUGCGGCUCUGGGAGCCUCUGGGAUUGUAAUGUGGGGAGGCAUCAAAGACUACAAUAGCAAGACUUCCUGCCAGUCUCUAUCUGAGUACCUGACCUCCACUUUAAAUCAGUACAUUGCUAAUGUGACGGCGGCCACCAUGCUCUGCAGCGAGGUCUUAUGCCAGGGAAAGGGACGCUGCAUCAGAAAGGACUACAACUCCCCCCACUAACUACACCUGAACCCCACCUACUUCCGCAUCCUUAAAGAAGGCAGGAAGUACGUGGCUGUUGGUCUUCCAUCUGGUGCUGACCUCAACUCCUGGGCUGAAAAAUUUACCUGUCAGUGCUACGCUGGGUGGAACUGUUCUCCCAAGCUGCUGCAUCCAACUAAAAUCAAAGUCAUCAAGGUUUAAUUCAUGUGGAAAGUAAAAUGUCUCUGAAAUUUAAUGACAUUUUCUUUAGUGCUUCUUUGAAAAAGCAUGAAAUUGCUAAUGUUUGUGUAUUUUCAAAAGAUGAAGACAUCAGGCAAAAAUAAUAAAUUGUUUCCUGAAGCCAGUUA